AUGGCGAGUGACAGAGGCGACUUGGGGCUGAAAUUGGAGGGUGGAGCACAUGGUUCUACCCACGGUUCAGUCGUAAACCCAGUUGUUAUUCAGAGUGAUGCUUCAGCGGUACCUAGUAUUGUCAAACUUAAUGGGUCCAAUUAUUCCCUUUGGUCCAAGGUAUUGGAGAUGCAUAUCGCAGGGCGUGGUAAAAAAGGGUUCGUGACAGGAAGCAUCAAAGAACCCAAGGAGGACAGUGCCGAGUAUGAAGCUUGGGAGACGGGGAAUGCCAUUGUGAAAGGGUGGUUGAUUAAUUCCAUGGAUCCUACCAUCAUGGGUUUUUCAUCCAUCUCUGUACUGCUAGAGAAGUUUGGGAAGAAGUUGCUCGAACAAUUGGAUCAGAGGAGACCAAUCAAGAUGGAAUGUGCUGGUGACUUGAAGACACUUCGAGAGGAGAUCCAACUUGAUCGUGUGUAUGCCUUCUUAGCAGGGCUUGAUGAUAUAUUUGAUAAGGUGCGGAGUGAUAUCUUGAGAUCACAACCUUUACCAUCUGUGGAGGAAGUGUUCUCUAUUGUGAGGCGGGAAGCGCAACGUCAUCAACAAUGA